ACAAAAUGGUCCAGAAACAUCGUUCAGCUGCCAAAGCCACCACAGCCAAGGAUGUUAGUCCAAUGCGCAAUAUGGCCGUCAAUAAGCAAGAACUCGCCUCGAGUCCCGCCAACAGUACAGCACAGUGCUCGAAUGGACGCCUGAGCGUGCCUCCAGCUACAACAAGCAAUUGUUGCAAUGCCGACAAAUGGAAAUACAAUAACAUGGUGAAUAAUCAACGCGCACAGUUCAAUAGUUUGCAUUUCUGCUAAGCAGCGCCAGUGGCCAUCACAGGCAGGCUGGGCAGUUGGUGGUUGCAGCAAAGCAAAUGGAAUUAUUCGGGCAUUUUAAAAAACAAAAUAAUCAUCCUGGAGCUGCAGCAGUUGGUUGGGUAACACAGCUCGCUUUCUGAUAGGUCAAAGGCAUACAUACAUACAUACAUGUAUAUAAACAUAUAUAUCUAGGCGUAGUAAUCAUGCAAAAAACUUAUUCACGUUGUAUUUUAGCAGUUUAUAGUUUAUAAAAUAAAUUAUAAAAAUUUUAUGCUUAAAACUGGAAAA